AUGGAUGAUGAGUUUGAUGAACGUGCAGCAAAUGCAAAAAUGGAUUUUGAAGCAAUUGGCACGGGCAGGAAUGCAGAAAGUGAAUGUGAUGGAGACUACGGAGCAGGCAGGAAUGUGUUGAUGCAUGGGCGUGAAGAAACAGAUGAUGCAUGCCAUGGCAGUGUGGGUGUGCAUCAGAGCACACAGGCACAUGAUGGUGUGGACGAUAUAAGCGAGUUGAGAUUUCUUGAGCUGCUGGUUGAGGAAAAGCCAUAUGAGUACAAGCUGAGGAAAUACAAGGGAAGGAAGGUUCCGAAUGAGUCGAUGGGGUAUGAGGUGGAUGAUCAAGCAAAGUUUAAGAACAGCACUGCAUAUGCACGAGAGGACAGCACGACGUUGCAGGCGCUUUCUGGAUCUGUGCGGAGCAGUGGACUAAGGCAGUAUUUGAAGCGGAGGCAGCUUGAAAGCGAUUUGAUGAGGAGCAAAGCAUUGAAGGAUGUGACAAGCCAAGUUGAGGAGGUUAAGCAUCCGUUUGAUCUUGUGGAGUGGGAGAAGGACGUGAUGUAUGAGGAGAUGAAAGGAGGCCUGCAUGCAAGCAGAAGCACCAUUGUUACUGAGCUUGUUGACAGCAUUCUUGAAGACGAAUGGGAAAAGUAUGUUGUUGUGGAUGAUGAGGAUCUGAAGAGACACAGGGGGUUUCUUACGCUGUACCUGGAGGAUCCGAACCUGAUAUUUGAGAAGGUUGAUGACAAGAAGCAAGUGAAGCAGAAGAAGAAGCAGAAGGAGGUGUUUUCGGUUGACAAGCCAUUGAAAAGCAAAUACAACAUAUCGCAUGACAAGUACUAUGGACAGGAGUCAAGGACGAAGAAUAGCCUCGGCACGUUUGGUGUUCAGCACUCGCUUCCGGCACUCAGGCUUGAGCCGAUGUUCUACAAGACAAAUCACACGAAGGAUGAGCUCAGGAGCUUCCACAGGCCAAGGUUUACACUGCAUGGGAGCAAUAUAGAGUUCAAGGCGAUUGGAAGUGCCAAGGCCAAGGCACAGAGCAUUAUCAAGAAGGCGGGGGAGAUUACACUGAAGGACUCGAGCCCAUUUUCUCUGUUUGAGUACAGUGAGGAGGAUCCGUUUUUUGUGGUGAAUCCGGGGAUGGCGAGCCUGCUGAAUAUUUACUACAGGAAGAGCAGUGCUCGUGACGAGUAUGCGCCAGACCAAUCGCAAUACACGGUGCUUGAUAUGGAAGAUCCCUCGCCGUUUUUUGGGUUUGGCGAUGUUGCGCCCGGGACAUCGAUGCUUGCAUUGACUAACAAUCUGUUUAUUGCGCCGGUUUUCAAGCACAGCUUGCCUGAUUAUUUAUGCAUUAUUGAAGAAGGAGAAGGGGGAAGUGUGUGCAUGUUCAGGGAGAUUGAGAAUCUGUACUGUGUUGGGCAGCAGUUCCCAUUGGAGGAUGUGUAUGCGCCGCAUUCAAGGCGAUUGAAUAUUUUCUGCAAGAACAGGCUGAAGGUUGCAGCGUUCCGGCUGUUUAAUGGAAGGGACGGAGGAAGCAGGGAGUUGAAGAUAUCGCAGCUUGAUGAGAUGUUUCCAUAUUUUAGUGAGGGAAGCAAAAGGAAGUGGCUGAAGGAGUAUGCAGACUGUGCAAAGAAGGGAAGGGAUAAUGUAUGGGUGCUGAGACCAAGUUCUGCGCUACUUGGGGAGGAGGAUUUGCGAAAGCUCGUUACACCUGAGAAUAUAUGCCAAUAUGAAAGUAUGCUUGCAGGAGAGCGAAGGCUUCAAGACUCUGGGCAUAAGGUUAUUGUUGAGAGUGAUGAUUCUGAGAAUGAAGAAGAGGCUGUUCCGCCUUCGUGGUGCCUGAGCAGGAACUUUGUAAAUGCAUGCAAUGGGCGAGGGCUUCUUGAGCUGAAUGGGCCUGGAGAUCCUACUGGGAUUGGAGAGGGUAUAAGCUUCCGCAAAAUCCGAUUGAAGAGAGGCAACGAGGUUGAGAAUAGAAAGAUAAUUAACGAGCACCAGCUGCGGUACAAGGAGGAGAUUGAGAAGAUAUGGAGCAGGCAGCAAGCGUCCCUUGGAUCUACGGAGGACAUACAGUUUGACGAGAUGCAUCUUGCAAGGAAGUAUCAGCAGGAGCGCAGGAACGACACAUUGAGUGAGACAACUAUGCAGUCUGAGGAUGUGUGCUUGACUAUAAGGAGGAUAUAUGAGGAUGGGCAGGUCGAAGAAGAGAAGGUAUAUGACAGCCGAGUGAUCAAAGCGUACUUGAAGGCAAGAAAGAGGAAGAACCUUGAUGAGAGGAAGGGUGUUCUGACGUGUGGGAACUGUGGGCAGGCAGGGCAUAUGAAGACAAACAAGGCAUGUCCGAACUUUACAUCGGCGGCGAAGAUGACGAAGAAGAAGGCUGAAGCGGAAAAGAGGAAGGCGAGGGUGUAUCUGCAGGAGGUGAUGCUUGGGCUGCUGACAAGGUUUUUCCAGCUGCCGUACUCGGUUGCGUUUCACAAGCCAGUGUCCACGAAGAAGUUUCCUGACUAUCUUCUGAUUGUGUCUGAGCCGAUUGACCUGACGACGAUCAAGACGAAGGCCAGGCACAACAAGUAUAAGAAGUUUGAGGAGUUUCUUAGAGAUCUUGAGCUUAUGAGUAUGAAUUGCUGCAAGUACAACGGCAAAGGCCAUUCACUGACGAAGAUUGCAGAGGAGAUACUUGAGGACAGCCGCAGGGAAUAUGAGGGGCGCAAGGGAGAGAUACUGGAGGCGGAGAGUGUGAUUGAGAGUUCAUUUGGGGAAUAA